AUGGUCCUCAUGUCCUUGGCGGCCUUGGUGCAUCGGGCAGCGAUGGGUGGCACCAAGGAGUAUGCUGUCUUCAACCUCACCAGGAGCCAUGAUCCGGACAAGGUGGCUGAGAAGCUCAAGGACAUGGCCGAACUUUUGGCUCAGAUGGAUGAGAAAGAUAUCGAAAAGGCCUUCGACACCUUGGCAGUCUUUGACACCAAGCGCGUGACCAAGUUCAUGACCAUGAUGGCUGCUGAAGUGCUUCCCGAAGGAAAGGACUUCUCUUUUGGAACGCGUGUGAGCUCAGCCUCCUUCAGCGGCAAACCCAAGAAGAGUGAGGUUGCUCAAACGGCGCUGACGGAGCAGGCAGGCCAGGUUUAA